AAAUCUCUUUUACUCAAAUCCUACUCUCUCUGCUCAGGACCACCAUCUCAACCACUUCAUCCAAAAAACUCCCCAGUUGCAAAAAAAUUGGAAAUCAGAUUCUGCUCAAUCCAAGAAGUCCAUUUGAAGAUGAAUACGGAAUGCUGAAACAGAGUAUUACUGAAUCUCAGCCUGCUAAAUAUUUCUAUUGCUAUGUCUGCGGUCGUGAGGCUCAUAGUGUAAGCAUAUACCAUGGUCAAGCUAAUUGCCUUAGACACACAACAUGUGAUAAGAAAGAUGAACCUAAAAAAGUGCCUAAAGCUGCUUCUGAAGGAGUUUUCGCUGCGGACAGAGCUUCUUUCAUCAUUUCUGAUGAUCUGGAGAUAUUUCCAAGUGUUAUAGGUAUCUUUCAAAUCAUUAGCAUUCUUGGCAUUACAAACAUAGACGAGGCUGAGUCGAUUGAUGUGAAGAUAGGGUUCAAUGAGAUAUUGAGUUUGCUGAAGGGGUCCUUCGUCUCCCCAACUCCAUUGUCCCACCUCAUACUAAACAAAGCAAAUUUGCCUCUUGCUUUGGAGCCAAUGACAUUAGUUAAUCAUAGUGAAAUUAAAGAUAAGCUAGGGUCAAAGAAGAUGGUUUUGAAGGUGUUUAUGCAAAGAUCUAAGAGUAAGGUAUUGUAUGCUGUAGCUGAGGAUGAAUUUGUUGAGUUUCUCUUCAGUUUAUUCGUCAUCCCACUGGGAGGAGUUGGGCAUCUUCUAGCCGGUAAGACUUGUAUUAAGGCUAUAGAUAACUUGCAACGGAGCGUAGCUGAUCUGGCAGACAAGUAUUUCAAGAGUCCAAGUAUGAAAAAGAGACUAAUGAAACCUACUCUUGUUCAUGGUUCUAUUUCUGAAAACUACAUUCUUCCCCUUGAUCAAGCAUGCAUGAGGCAUGAUGAACUUGAAAAUUUCAAAUUUUCUUCCCUUAAGUUUCCGGAAGGGCAGGGUAAAUAUCUUAAGGGACCAAUAGCUUAUAUGGUGACGGAUGAUUUAACAGUGAAUCCUUUAUGUAUCCAAUCAACAAUUUCCGCUCUACGUGAGAAGAAUAUCCCUAUGUCCGAUGUCAAAGAAAUAGAGGUGCAAGUCGGAUUGAAAGAGGCUUUAAGCAUACUGAAAGCGUCUCUUACAUCCACUUCUGCUCUCACUGAUGCUCUGCUCACUUCCGCGCCGAUUAAACAACCAAAGACAGAAGCCUGAGUGUGUGUUAUGCUAAUCGAUAUGGUGUUUCUGUUUCACUGUAUUUUUAUUUAAGUAUGCUUAUGAAUAUUUUGUUUCUUCUUGUCCAUUUUCUGUGUGGCCGAAAGUAGUAGUAACUCUAUUAUGGCCUUAUGGGAGCGAACAAAUUGGUUUUGUCAAGAAACGAGUGAAAAUGAAUGAGUUGCUCUUUCACUUUUUA